CUUCUCUAACUUCUCGAAGCUAAGCGACAAAAACUUGGGGCUUAGGGUGCGUCGUAGGAUAUAUAGGAAAAAGCGAGCAAGAUUUGGCAUUAGGUAUUUCCAAAUUUGAUUAAAUUUCGUGUCCACGAGGUUUCGAUUGCGUCAGAUUCAUGGGUUCUCUGUCUGAUCCUGUUGGCGGCGGUGCUGUGAACGCCGCCGUGCUGAAGGAGUACGCCGCCGCCGGCGAUUAUCACAAGUCUCUGAAGAGGGACGAUCGGUGUCCGAAUUCACGAACAGAGGUUGCUUCGUCGAAGCCUAAGAUUGUGGCGGGAGAGUUUGGUUAUCUCCUCGAGGAUGUCCCGCACUUGUCUGAUUACAUCCCUGAUCUUCCUAUUUAUCUUAAUCCAUUGCAAGACAAUCCUGCUUACUCGGUUGUUAGGCAAUAUUUCGUGGACAUUAAUGACACAGUUGCCCAAACUGUUAUUGUUCGUAAGGAUAGCAAAAGAGGGGUUCACUUUCGACGAGCCGGCCCUCGACAAAAAGUUUAUUUCGAGCCGGACGAGGUUCGCGCUUGUAUCGUCACAUGUGGAGGCUUGUGCCCUGGCCUCAACACAGUUAUCCGAGAAAUAGUCUGCGGUCUGCAUCACAUGUAUGGUGUAAACAGAGUUUACGGAAUAGAUGGAGGAUACCGAGGUUUCUACUCGAAAAACACCGUCCCUCUAACUCCGAAAACGGUCAAUAACAUUCACAAACGUGGAGGAACUUUCCUAGGGACAUCGCGCGGCGGUCACAACACUAAAAAGAUAGUCGACAGCAUCGAAGAUCGCGGUUUUAAUCAAGUGUACAUAAUAGGAGGGGAUGGGACUCAAAAAGGAGCAUCUCUGAUUUAUGAGGAAAUUAGGCGACGCGGGCUUAAGAUUGCGGUCGUAGGAAUCCCCAAAACAAUAGAUAAUGACAUUCUGGUUAUCGACAAAUCGUUUGGAUUCGAUUCUGCGGUCGAGGAGGCUCAGCGAGCUAUCAAUGCAGCGCACGUUGAAGCCACGAGCUUCGAGAAUGGCAUCGGGCUUGUGAAAUUAAUGGGGCGAUACAGCGGAUUCAUUGCUAUGUAUGCUACCAUUGCUAGCCGAGAUGUCGACUGCUGCCUCAUUCCAGAGUCACCGUUUUAUCUCGAAGGAUCCGACGGGCUUCUUCAGUACAUCGAGAAACGAAUCAAAGAAAAUGGACAUGCCGUUAUUGUCAUGGCUGAAGGUGCAGGGCAAGAGCUACUCUGUAAGAGUAUCCGAUCCGAAGAGCGUAAAGAUGCUUCCGGAAACAAGCUUCUAGACGACGCCGGGCUCUGGUUAUCGCAGCGGAUUAAGGACUAUUUCACCAAGGAAAGGAAGAUGAUAGUUAAUCUCAAAUACAUAGAUCCGACGUAUAUGAUCCGCGCCAUUCCCAGCAAUGCAUCCGACAACGUCUACUGCACGCUGCUUGCUCAAAGCGCCGUGCACGGAGCAAUGGCAGGAUACACGGGAUUCACGGUGGGGCCAGUGAACGGGAAGCAUGCUUAUAUACCAUUCUAUAAAAUCACCGAGGGGCAGAAGAAAGUCGUGACGACGGAUCGAAUGUGGGCGCGGCUUCUGUCGUCGACGAACCAGCCCAGCUUCCAGAGCUGCUGCAGAAAGGAGGAAGAAGAAGAAGAAGUUUGCGAUGAUCAGCUGCUGGAUUUUUGCUACUUUGAUGAUGAUUUUCAAGUCGGCAUGGAUACAGAGCUCAUGCUAUAAUUUAUACAUACAUAUAAUAUAGAUAUAUAUACGUAUAUAUGUGUAUCUAAGCAUGUGUUGAGUGUUUGCUGUAAUUUUUUGGCUGGCGGCUAUUGAGAUUAUGAAAACGGUUUAUCGUCUUGUUUAUAAAAGCAUUACUGUUGUUCUGCAA